AUGUUUACUUACUUUAAAAAACUUCUUUUUCUAUAUUUCUUCAAUUUAUCAAAUGGUACAUGUGAAUUUAAAAUUCAAGAUAAUGAAAAUAAAUUUUAUCCAUGUUUGUAUGAUCGUAUAGCCGAUGAUAAAUAUAAAGUCAAUUGUACAACUGUCAGAUACAAUUUUGGACUAGAAGGAUUACUUAAUAUUGAUCCUUGUUCUUUCAAUGUCACUGGUAAUAUUAAUGAAAAAUGUCUAAUUCAAGAGUUAACAUUCAAAUUUCUAUAUACAACGGCACUUAUGAAUUUUACUACAACCGUUGAUGAAUUUUUUGAUAAAAAUAAUACAAAUAAUAAUAAAUUAAUACUUUUUAUUGUUGAACAUAAUUCAGAUCUAAUAAUUGGUGAACAACAUUUUCAACAAUUUAUACCAAAUUCAUUAAUUAAUGAUUAUUAUUUAAAUCUAUACCGUGAUAAUAAAUUUAAAUUUAAAUUAUAUCUUGAUAUGAAUUAUAUAGAUACACAUGGUCCAAAACAAAUUCGAGUACAAUAUUAUUGUAAAAAACAGGCAACAAUUAUUUACGACAAACAACAAGGUAAUUGA